AGCACGAGUGACCACAGUUGUGAUUCUUCUGCACUCUCAGGCCAUGGCCGGAGCACUGGCGAGAAUUCCGAUGAAUCGUCGGAUUUUCACAUGGGGUGAUGGUGAAAUCGAGAGUUCUAUAGACCCUGCGAUGAAUUUGUCUGAUACGGUUUUUGGGUUUCUAGAGGAAGAACAUCAAGGAUCUUUCGAGAGCCAUAGUAGCAAAAGUAAUGGUGAAAAUGAGGACCGAGACGAAAAUGAAGAGAUAGAAAACUUGGGAAGUGUCGAGGAUAACAAGGUCUUCUGGGAGACACAACACCAACUUCUACAAGGUACAUUGUGCAGGACUAGUUCUUUAGAAUCAAGAAUUCGAAACAUCACGAAGCAAGCAAUCAAGGAAUUGGAACUGGUGGAGAAUGUCUGCGCUUGCCGGAGACCGCCGGUUGCUCAUGGUUGCCGCCACUGUCUUAUGAGAGAGGUUUGCAGCAGUCUUCAAAACGCCGGUUUAAACAGUGCCAUUUGCAAGUCUAAGUGGAGGAGCUCACCAAAAACUCCAUCCGGUGAACACACAUUUUUGGACGUUGUGGACAAUUCCAUUUCGAAGAAAGGAGAGAUAAAGGUGAUAAUCGAGUUAAAUUUUCGAGCUGAGUUUGAAAUGGCUAGAGGAAAUGAAGAAUAUAACCGACUAAUAAGCAGGCUUCCUGAAAUAUUUGUCGGAAAAGUCGAAAGAUUAGUGUCUUUAAUUAAGAUCUUGUGUUCAAGUGCCAAGAAAUGCUUGAAGGAGAACAAAAUGCAUAUGGCUCCAUGGAGGAAGCAAAGGUACAUGGAGGCUAAAUGGCUUCGGACAUGCGAAAGGACGACGUCUACGCUGGCGUUGUCAGCCACCGGAUACUCUAGCCGACCGGUUAGGCCGAGGGCAUCGAUGCUUACUGUGGAUUUGCUGGAGAACUUGUCCAAUUUGCAUCGUACCGCCGUUGAAGUUGUGUGAUUGAGGAACAAAGUUUUUGUUACAUAGUUAUAUUAAGUUGUGAGAGUAAACAUAGGAUUAUACCAUCUAUACAAAGGUUUUUGUCGACAUAAUUAAGGUUGUAAUGUUUGCGAAUUCCAUUUUCCUUUUACUAAUGAAGUUAUUUGAGUUUUUG